AUGUUCCCCCAUCUUAAAACUUUGUUGGUGAAGACAAAAAGGGCGUUUGAAGAUCUGCAGUUCCAGUUUCAGAGAGAUCUAAAACAGCUAGGCAAUCAAGUCCAGGAGAUGUCUACUGCUGCCCUUGGAUAUCAUAAAGUGGUGAAGGAAAAUCGAAACCUUUACAACAUGGUUCAGGAUUUAAAAGGAAAUAUACGAGUAUACUGCAGAAUUAGACACAUUUUUAAUGCGGAAGCCAAAAAUGUGGUAGAUUUUAUUGGAGAAGAUGGUUCACUUGUGAUUGUUGACCCUUCAAAACCCCAUAGAGAUGGAAGGAAAGUGUUUCAGUUUAAUCGGGUUUUCAGUCCACUUUCUACUCAAGAUGAUGUGUACAUGGAUACUCAACCUUUGAUUAGAUCAGUUAUGGAUGGUUACAAUGUCUGCAUCUUUGCUUAUGGUCAAACUGGAUCGGGUAAAACACAUACAAUGAGUGGUCCAUCAGGCGAACUGACAAAGGACAUGGGGAUUAAUUACUUGGCUCUCAACAAUCUCUUCGAGUUGUCUAACAGAAAGAAGGACAUUAUAACUUAUGAUAUUCAUGUUCAGAUGGUUGAAAUAUAUAAUGAGCAAGUGUGUGAUCUCCUUGCUGAGGAUUCAGCAUCCUCAAGAUUAAAGAUUCGAAGCUGUACCAGUGACGGUGGCUUGAGCCUUCCAGAUGCUACCAUGCAUUCUGUCAAGUCCACAGCUGAUGUGGUCAACCUAAUGAAAUUUGGUGAUGUGAAUCGUGUCGUCAGUUCUACAGCACUGAACAAUAGAAGUAGCCGGUCUCACAGUGUGCUGACAGUACAUGUUCAAGGGAAAGAUGCAUCUGGAUCCAUCCUCCGCAGUUGCCUGCAUUUGGUUGAUCUUGCAGGAAGUGAACGGGUAGAUAAAUCUGAAGUCACAGGAGAGAGACUGAAGGAGGCACAGUACAUUAACCGGUCUUUGUCUUGUCUGGGAGAUGUUAUCACAGCUUUGGCCCAGAAAAACUCCCAUGUACCUUACUGCAAUAGCAAACUUACGCUUCUGCUGCAAGAUUCCCUAGGAGGAAAUGCGAAGACAUUGAUGCUGGCUCAUGUAAACCCUGAGAGAGAUUCAUUUGGGGAAUCAAUGAGUACCUUGAAGUUUGCCCGGAGAGUUUUAACGGUUGAACUUGGUGCUGCACGCAUGAACAAAGAGACCAGUGAGGUCACGCAACUAGAGCAG